UUAGUGUUGAUCAGAUGAGCCUACGGGAAGCAUAAAGUGUCCGACUUCACAGCCUCUGCAUCGACUAGAAGACUCUUCUCACAGAUCGACGGGUCAUUUGUCCUUCAUUCAACUAGCGAGUCAAAAAAAUAAAGAUAAAAAACCCAACUAAACGCACGCUGGAAUCAAAGCCGCAGAACGCGCUGUUUGUGGUGAUUUCUCCAGGAACAGUGAAAUGGCAGAACCCAGUAUCUCAUGCGCUGAGGAUCAGUUCAGAUGUUCAGUCUGUCUGGAUCUGCUGAAGCAUCCAGUGACGAUUCCCUGUGGACACACUUACUGUAAGAGAUGCAUCUCAGGUUGCUGGGAUCAAGAGGAUUGGAAGGGAAUCUACAGCUGUCCUCAGUGCAGACAGACCUUCGGUCCAAGACCAGUUUUAUAUAAGAAUGUGCUGAUUGCUGAAAUGGUGGAGAAACUGAAGAAGACAAGGAUUAAAGCUACUUUUCCUGUGGUUCAUCACACUGGAUCUGGAGAUGUUCAGUGUGACUCCUGCACUGAAAUUAAACAGGAAGCAGUGAAAUCGUGUCUGGAGUGUCGGAGCUCUUACUGUCAAACUCACCUUGAACAGCAUGAGAAUCUCUUCAGAGAUCAAAAACACAAUCUAUUGGCUGCCACUGGACGCCUGCAGGAGAAGAUCUGCCCUCAACAUGAUAAAAUGCUGGAAAUGUACUGCCGUACUGACCAGUGCUGUAUCUGUAUGAUGUGUUUGGUGGAUAAACACAAAAACCAUGACACUGUAUCAACUGCAGCAGCGAGAACAGAGAAACAGAGACAUUUUGAUGAAACACUGAUAAAAAUACAGAAGAUAACCCAGCAGAGGCAGAUAAAGCUGAGAAAGGCUGUGGCAUUUCAUAAGCGCUCUGUACAGACAGCAGUAGAGGACAGUGAGAGGAUCUUCACUGAACUCAUCCGCUCCAUUGAGAAACGUCACUCUGAGGUGAAGCAGCUGAUCAGAGAUCAGGAAAGAGCUGCAAUGAAUCGAGCUGAAAGACGACUGGAGCGACUGGAGCAGGAGAUCGAUGAGCUAAGGUGGAGAGAUGCUGAGAUGAAGCAGCUUGCAAAGACUAAUAAUCAUGUUCAUUUCCUUCAGAGUUUUGCGUCUGUCUCUCUCCCUGGAUAUACAGAUGACUUCACUGUCAGUUCUGAUCUCUCUUUGGAUGCUGUAGUGAAAAUUGAGUUUCAACUCAGAGAUGAACUGCAGCAGUUCUCCAGAGAGACUUUAGACAACAUAUCUGGAAGAGUGAAAUCCAUCCAGGUCAUUGGCACGCCUGAAUAUCAGACCAGAAAGGAGUUUCUUCUAUAUUCCUGUCAGUUGACUCUGGAUCUGAACUCAGUGAAUUAUUUCCUUCAUCUGUCUGAGGGAAACACGGUGAUUACUGUUGCUGACACAAAUCAACAUUAUCCUGACCAUCCAGACAGAUUUGAUCAUUGGUGGCAGGCGUUGUGUAGAGAGAGUGUGACUGGACGCAGUUACUGGGAGGUGGAGUGGAGCAGCAGAGAGCCAUCAGGAGUGGAUAUAGGAGUAACAUAUGAGAACAUCAGCAGGAAGGGCAAUAAUCCUGAGAGUGUAGCUGGGUGUAAUGAUCAGUCCUGGAGACUGUACUGCACUCCUUUCUGUUACUCAUACUGGCACAAUAACAUAGAGUCUGUCCUUCCUGUAGUAAAUAUUUCCAGUAGAGUAGGAGUGUAUGUGGAUCACAGCGCAGGGAUUUUGUCCUUCUACAGCAUCUCGGACACAAUGAGCCUCAUCCACAGAGUCCAGACCACAUUCACUCAGCCGCUCUAUGCUGUGUUUGGACUGGAUAGUAACUCAAGGGUGAAACUGUGUCAUCUGGCCUAUUAGAUCUACAGAUUGUUUUGUCAUAUCACAUGAUGAAUCAGUAUCGAUAAAAAAUAUCAUGCAAUAUCUUUUCUAAUCAGAAAUACUGCUUACAAUUAUAGUUUAAUAUAAUUGCUUUAAUAAUAGAGUAAAACUUCUCAUCAGAUAAAUGUAAUAAUGGAUGUAUGUAAGAGAGCUGAUAAAGAAUGUUGAUAAAUAUUUAAAAAUUUGAUGUAACUCUUAUUUAACUGUCAAAAGUUUUCAGAUCACCAAGUAAAAUAAUUUUAAUGAAUACAGUGGCAGGAAAAAAAUUGUGAACCCUUUGAAAAUAUCUGGAUUUCUGCACUGAUUAGUCAUCAAAUGAGGUCUGGUCUUAAUUUAAUUUACAGUUGUAGACGAACACAAUCUGUC